CCGCAUCUAGGAAAAACGAUCUGUUUUUGUGAUUGUUGAUAGAAGAUUGUGUUUAAAUUGAACUUCCAUUUCUUAACUUUUAAAUAACUGUUUAUGGGAACAACGAAACCAAACAAGUGUGUUGCUUCAAAAGCUGUAAGAUUAAAUGUAUCAGGAAUAGAUGGUUAAACAUUCUAGCUGUUUGCUCAAGACAGUUAGUAUGCAAUAAACGAUUUACUCUUCAACAAGGCUUACAAUCUCAUUACUUGCAUAGAAGAAAUAUAAAUAUAUAUAUAUAUGUUUAUGCUACAUAUAUAAUUUAAGUAAAUAAAAUCGCCUUAACUAUUUAAAGAAUAAUCUGCGACCUUAUGAAAAAUCUCAACCAUUUAUUUAUGACAUAUAUAUAGCAAAUCAUUUGGACUUUUACAGUAUUUAAUUACUCAUUGUUUAUCUUCAAAGAUUUUCAAUGGUGCAUGAUUUAAUGUAUUUAAUAAAGCACAUGUAAAAAAACCAUAUCCUUGAGUUAUUAAAAAGACAUUUUCUGAUCGACACAAUUUAAUUUAUGCAUUCUUAUAGAGAAAAAUCAGUAUAUGCGCAGUAAAGAUGUGCAGUAAAGAGUUUUCUCAACAGGAACAUUCAAAUCCACAUUUUGUGACAAAUACCGAAGAGAAACCAUAUAUCUGUGAUGUGUGUAAUGUCAUGUUUUCUCAACAAGAGCAUUUAAAGAAUCAUUUAUUGAUGCACAAAAAGGUGAAACCAUAUAUUUGUGAUAUCUACAAAAGUUCUUUUUCUCAGCGGUUUUUCUUAAAAGACCAUUUAAUGAUCCACUCAAAAGAGAAACCGCAUGUUUGUGAUGUGUGUAGUAAAGCAUUUACUAAACGUGCAGAUUUAAGAAGCCAUAACAGGAUACAUACGAAGGAAAAACCAUUUGCUUGUGAGGUGUGCAGGAAAGAAUUUUCUCAGCGAAGUAACUUAAAGACACAUGUAUUGACGCAUUCAGAUGAGAAGCAGUUUGCCUGCCUGAUAUGCAAAAAAACAUUUUCUCUGCGGGGAAAUUUAAAGGUACAUUUACUGACGCACACGAAAGAGAAACCAUUUGUUUGUGAUGUUUGCAAUAAAGGAUUUACUCAACAUGCAAGUUUAAAGAGACAUUUACUGUUACAUAAGAAUGAAAAUCCAUAUGGAAGUGAUUUGCUAGCAUUUACUGAAUUUCCAAAGAGCAAGAGAAUUCAUGCUCAUAUGAUUUAUAUUGUACAGCAUUUUCUUCUCAAAGCCAAGAACCCAUUUAACAGGACUUUAUGUGGUCCUUGGUUGUUGUUGGUGGAAUUUGAACUGACGCUGCUCUGCGUAGCAAAGCAGUCCCCUGGUGAGGAGGGAGAGGAAGGUGGAACGCCGUCCAGUAGGAACUCAGCUGGAGUGGGGAGGGUGCGUUUGGGUUGCAAUGCAGAUCGCAAGAAAUCUUCCAAGAUGUGUAGUGCAGCAUUUUCCUCACAAGAAUGUUUAAAACCACUUUUAUUAAAAGAUACAGAAGAAAAACCUUAUGGUUGUCACGUGUGCAAUAAAGCAUUUUCUAAGCAAGACUAUUUAAAGAGGCAUUUGAAGAUACAUUCGAAAGAGAAACUCCAUGUUUGUGAUGUAUGCAGUAAAGCAUUUACUAGUCAAGAAACGUUAAAGCAACAUUCACUGACACAUACAAAAGUGAAACCGUAUGUUUGCGAAGCAUGCAAUAAAGCAUUUCACACCCGAAACAGUUUAAACAGACAUUUACUGACACAUACAAAAGAGAAGCCAUUUGUUUGUGAGAUAUGCAAUCAAGCAUUUUCUCAACGCGGAAACCUGAACGUUCAUUUACGGAGACACGCAAAUGAGAAGCCGCAUGUUUGUGAUGUGUGCAAUAAGGCAUUUUUUGAAACCUCAAGUUUAAGAAAACAUUUACGGACCCAUACCAAUGAGAAACCGUAUGUUUGUGGUGUGUGCAAUAAAGCAUUUUCUGAACGAGAUGGUUUAAAAAGACAUCUGCGGACUCAUACUAAAGAGAAACCAUAUAUUUGUGCUACAUGUAAUAAAGCAUUUUCUGAUCAAAGCCAUUUGACAGCACAUUUAGAGACACAUACGAAUGACAGGCAGUAUAUAUGUGAUGUGUGCAAUAAAGCAUUUUCUGUUAAAGGAAAUUUUAAACGCCAUCUACUGAUUCAUGCAGCAGAGAAACCGCACGUUUGUAAUGUAUGCAAUAAGGCAUUUACUACACAAUCAAAUUUAAAGCAACAUUUACUGUCGCAUACAAAAGUGAAACCGCAUGUUUGUGAAGUCUGCAAUAAAAGGUUUUCAACCCGUAGCAAUUUGAACAAACAUUUGCUGAUUCAUACAAAAGAGAAGCCAUUUGAAUGUGAGAUAUGCAAUCAAGCAUUUUCCGUACGCGGAAGCUUGAAGAUCCAUUUACUGAGACACGCAAAUGAGAAACCGCAUGUAUGUGACUUAUGCAACAAGGCAUUUUUUGAAACAUCAAGUUUAAGGGUACAUUUACGGACGCAUACCAAUGAGAAACCGUAUGUUUGUGAUCAGUGCAAUAAGGCUUUUUCUGAACGUGUUAGUUUAAAGAGACAUCUGCGAAGUCAUACAAAAGAGAAACCAUAUAUUUGCGAUACAUGCCAUAAAGUAUUUUCUAAUCAAACCCUUUUGACGGCACAUUUAGAGACACAUACGAAUGACAAGCAAUAUAUUUAGGAUGUGUGUGGUAAAACAUUUUCUUUCAAAGGAAAUUUCAAGCUCCCUUUACUGAUUCAUGCAACAGAGAAACCUCUUGUUUGUAAUAUAUGCAAUAAAGCAUUUAGUGCACAAUCAAAUUUAAAGCAACAUUUACUGACGCAUACAAAAAUGAAACCGCAUGUUAACGAAUCCUGAGAUAAAACAUUUUUACUCCGAAACUAUUUAAACCAUACAAAGGAGAAACCAUACAAUACGAAACUGUUUGACUCAUACAAAAGAGAUACUUUAUUUUGUGAGAUAUGCAAUCAAGCAUUUUCUGUACGCGGUAGCUUGAAGAUUCAUUUACUGAGACAUGCAAAUAAGAAACUACAUGUUUUUGACGUGUGCAAUAAGAAAUUUUUUGAACCUCAAUUUUAAGGAAACAUUUACGGAAACAUACAAUUAAGAAACCGUAUGUUUGUAAUGUGUGCAAUAAAGCAUUUCUGUCAAAUAAAAUUUUAAGCAUAAUUUACUGAUCCAUGCUAAAGAGAAAUCGCAUGUUUGUGAUGUAUGCUAUAAAUCAUUUUAUCAUUGACACAA